AUGCAAGGUAUUGAGAGGAUAGGUGGCAGCGACGUCCAGACUCGCACACCCCCACCCCCCACCGGACGUCCAGACUCUCGCACCCCCCACCGGACGUCCAGACUCUCGCACCCCCCACCGGACGUCCAGACUCUCGCACCCCCCCACCGGACGUCCACACUCUCGCACCCCCCCACCGGACGUCCACACUCUCGCACCCCCCCACCGGACGUCCACACUCUCGCACCCCCCACCGGACGUCCAGACUCUCGCACCCCCCCACCGGACGUCCAGACUCUCGCACCCCCCCACCGGACGUCCAGACUCUCGCACCCCCCCACCGGACGUCCAGACUCUCGCACCCCCCUCAUCGGACGUCCAGACUCUCGCACCCCCCUCAUCGGACGUCCAGACUCUCGCACCCCCCCCACCGGACGUCCAGACUCUCGCACCCCCACCGGACGUCCAGACUCUCGCACCCCCCCACCGAACGUCCAGACUCUCGCACCCCCCCCCCCCCCGGACGUCCAGACUCUCGCACCCCCCACCGGACGUCUAGACUCUCGCACACCCCCACCGGACGUCCAGACUCUCGCACCCCCCACCGGACGUCCAGACUCUCGCACCCCCCCACCGGACGUCCAGACUCUCGCACCCCCCACCGGACGUCCAGACUCUCGCACCCCCCACCGGACGUCCAGACUCUCGCACCCCCCACCGGACGUCCAGACUCUCGCACCCCCCACCGGACGUCCAGACUCUCGCACCCCCCACCGGACGUCCAGACUCUCGCACCCCCCACCGGACGUCCAGACUCUCGCACCCCCCACCGGACGUCCAGACUCGCACCCCCCACCGGACGUCCAGACUCGCACCCCCCACAGACAGCCAGACUCACACCCCCCACAGACAGCCAGACUCACACCCACCAGACAGCCAGACUCACACCCACCAGACUUCGACUCACAUCCACCAGACAUCCAGACUCACACCCACCAGACAUCCAGGCGAAGCAAGGGGGAACACCCGCCCCGUUCUCUUCAUUUACCACUUCGUAAAAAAUGCAUCUGUUUUACCUAA